GACAUAGGUUUAAUGUACUGAUCUUGUAAAUUGUUGUUUUGUCUUUGUUUGUGUGUGGUUUGACAGACAGUUCUAAGGGAGAUGUUUUUUGGUGGAGCUUGGAGUCCAUCUGCUGGUCGAAGGAAUACACUGCAGAGAUUUAUGAAUGAACAAUUCUAGGGGAGGUGUUUUUUGGGUGGAGCUUGGAGUCCAUCUGCUGGUCGAAGGAAUACACUGCAGAGAUUUGUAAAUGAGGAGCAAGAGCAGCAACGAUGUCCGGCCGAGGAAAAGGAGGCAAGGGGCUCGGGAAAGGAGGCGCCAAGCGUCACCGCAAAGUUCUUCGCGAUAACAUCCAGGGCAUCACCAAGCCCGCUAUCCGCCGUCUUGCGCGUCGUGGUGGCGUCAAGCGUAUCUCCGGUCUGAUCUACGAGGAGACCCGCGGUGUGCUGAAAGUGUUCCUGGAGAACGUGAUCAGAGACGCCGUCACCUACACCGAGCACGCCAAGAGAAAGACCGUCACCGCCAUGGAUGUGGUGUACGCCCUGAAACGCCAGGGACGCACUCUUUACGGAUUCGGAGGUUAAACGCUCGUCUAGA